AUGCCUCAGAGAAAGUCCGCGUCGGUUACUACUACAAACAAGACGGUCGGCCCAGACAUUAUCGUCGACCAGGGCGAAGGAGAAAUCCCCGACCUCUCCCGAGACUUCUUGUCGAGCGCUUUCUACCGGAGGUUUCACAUCCAACGACCCAUCUGUGACCCGACCGACUUCUCCCGGCGUUACCUCGCCCAAGACCCACCUCGAGCUUCGUAUAUGGGCAAGGACGGCUCGAUCCUCGUCCACAUCAUGUACGCCUGGGCUUGUUCGUACGGGGUGGACGAGACGGGGAAUCUGGACGUACCCGAGAGGAACUGGCCUGGAGGGGUAUUGCCACCCGAGACGGGUUAUGUUUGGUCACAUGAUCAAGUAAGGGAAAGGGAUAGGAUUGGGCGAAGGGCCAAGACCGAUGGGGUGGUGGCCAAGAUCCUGAAGGAGAUCGAUGAUGCUGGGAUCAUGCGUCGGCAUUCGUUUGACGGAGUGAGGUGUUUACUCCUGCUCUUGCCAUUGACGGAAUACGUUUCGACUCCCAUGGAAAGGCUGGCGAUGUACGAAUGCGCUGUCGCCCAGGUCUUUGCUUUGUGUUCGCUGUCGUCCCUCGGUUACGAUGGUAUUCAGCAUCACUUGGGUCCCGAAGGCGAUAUCAUCCGGGUGCGGCUGUACUGGUACACGUUCGUGCACGAGGGCAUCACGUCAGGCCUCAAGGGCGGGCGCCUGGUCCUGGAUGAAGAUGAUCUCGAGAACUUUCAAGCUAGUCUUCCACAAGGGUGGGCCUUGGUGACGCGGUCGUCUGCCAUCAAGUCGGUAGCCAAGUUGGCUACAGCUCCGAUUCGACUAGCUGUCGCAUGUCGAUUGAUUCACAAGGCGCUGACCGGUCCCAAAGCCCGGAAACGGGAACGAGUCGACAAACGGUUAAUGAAUGACGCUUGGGAGGCACUCGAGAGCUGUUGGGAAGAGUUCGAAGCGAUCAGGGCAGAGCCACCGGGUACCUUUUUGCAAAAAGACGAUAUCAUUCGGUUCGCAGAUGGCUGGCGCAUCUUCAUGUUCGAGGCGCACAACGUCAUCCGAGAAUCUUUGGAACAUAGAUGUGCACACCUCGUCCCCCGACCAGAAGGGGCCUUUCUCACCGAGCUUUCGCUCUCGGCGGAAGAGACGGAUCCUCGGAUCCAGAUCCAUAGGGAAAUCAAACACUUGCACGAUAUCGCCCGGGCCAAAUGCGAGCAGUUGACGAGGUUGAUCGUGGAUAUCGUCAAGAUGCACAUCAACACGAGCUUUUUCGAGUGGGAUGCGAGUCUCGUGCGAGAUGGGACAUACUAUGCUGCGAUGUUGCUGGCCAAAGAUCACGGUACGGAAGAGGAUGUGGCAGCGUGUCUCCAAGCACUCAACGAGAUGCGCUGGGCAUACGCAAAGACUGGCGAGCGGUCAAACAAGUGA